AUGGCGACGAACUUGGUGAUGCUCGUUGUCGCCGUCACCACCAUCUCUGUUGUUUUCAUUUUCUACUUGAAGGCAGAUCUACCUUCCGAACUCGGUGAUGACUUCCAGAUUCGUCUCCUUCCGACGUCGACAUCUUGUCGCUUACCCAUAGGUUGGAUCGAUUCGUCGUCGUCAACAAGAGCAGAUAAAGAGGGAAAUCUCCUGGGACAAGAUUCGAUUCGUCGUUGCCAACGAGAUUCGAUUCGGGACUGGGGAUUGGAUUGUGUGUUUUGGUAUAUGAGGGGGAAUUUCCUGGAAUGA